UAUGUGAGCGUUGUGAUUCAGUCGCGUCGCGUCGCGUCGCGUCGCGUUCAGAGAAGGUGCAGCUGCGUCACGUCAAAACUGUACGGAGAAGCGCUCAGACACGUUGCAUGAGCUGAACGGGACCUGCCUCUGGAAAACUAUUUAACUUACGAGCUACAUAUUGUUCAUUUGCGGGAAUAUCUGACCAACAAUAAUGCUUUAAAAUGAUUCCACUGUUAAACAUGAAGUUUACGAAGCUGCUUCUGAUCCGUGAAUUGGGAAUCGUCUGUCUUGUGCUGAUAAGCGCGGUGUGGUGCUCCGUUUCUGAGAGGAAAGUAUGUCAGGGAACCAAUAAUAAGCUGACUCUGCUGGCACAGCCAGAUGAUCACUACAGAGCCAUGGUGCGGAUGUACAGUAACUGCACAGUCGUGCUGGAGAACCUGGAGAUAACCAAUGUUCAGGAGUACCAUGACCUCUCCUUCCUCAGGAGCAUUGAAGAAGUUGGUGGCUACGUGCUAAUAGGAAUAAACUAUGUGGAUGUGAUACCCCUGGAAAACCUGCGCCUCAUUCGAGGACAUUCUCUCUUUGAUGGCAAGUAUGGCCUUGCUGUGGUGGCAAACUUCCACAGGAAUGAGUCUUUAGAGAUCAACAGCAUCACCAGCGGCCUCCGAGAGCUGCAUAUGAGAAGCCUCACAGAAAUUCUCAAAGGUGGGGUUAAAAUAGCCCAUAAUCCUUUGCUUUGCAAUGUGGAGACCAUACAGUGGUUGGACAUUGUGCAGGAUGACAGUGACGUGAAUGUGUCAGGAGGGACUGACCCUCAGUGUAGACGAUGUGACUCAGGGUGCUAUAAUGAAUCGUGUUGGGCUCCAGGACCAGAGAACUGCCAGACCUUGACUCGGUUGAACUGUGCCGAGCAGUGCUCACGGAGGUGCAAGGGCCCCAAACCCAUCGACUGCUGCAGUGAACAUUGCGCUGCAGGCUGCACUGGACCCCGACCAACAGAUUGUCUGGCCUGCAGAGACUUCCAGGACGAUGGGAUGUGCAAGGAUGCGUGUCCACGUCUUAUGCUGUACAACCCCAACACUCACCAACUUGUUCCCAAUCCUAAUGGGAAGUAUAACUUUGGAGCCACCUGUGUGAAGAAGUGCCCUUAUAACUUUGUGGUGACUGAUCACGACGCCUGCGUCCGAACCUGCAGCAGUAACAUGCAUGAAGUGGAGGAGAACGGAAUAAGGAAGUGCAAACAAUGUGACGGCUUGUGCCCGAAAGUCUGUAAUGGUCUUGGGACGGGGGCACUUGUUAACACCAUCGCAGUCAACGCAACCAACAUCGAUUUAUUUAUCAACUGCACCAAAAUAAAUGGGCACAUUACAAUAAUGCAGAUGACUUUUCAAGGGGAUGUUUUUACAAAUACUCCAAGCAUGGACCCUGUGAAACUCGAUUAUUUCAAAACAGUUAAGGAAAUUUCAGGUAAACUAUAUAUGUGUUUGCAUGGAGCUGAUCAGUGUACUCAGUGUGCUCACUUCAAAGAUGGGACGCAGUGCGUGGCACUGUGUGCCCAAGGUGUGCAAGGCCUUUAUAACAAGCUUGUCUGGACGUACCCAGACAAAAAUAGACAGUGUCAGCCAUGCCAUGCCAACUGCACGCAAGGGUGCAGUGGACCAGGACUGGAAGUUUGUGAACUGAAAGGAUCUCACAUGCCUGUAGUGGCGGCUGGUCUUGUUGGAGGCAUGCUACUGCUUAUGGUCCUCCUCCUUUUCAUCUUCGUCAUUUUCCGCAGACGAUACAUCCGACGAAAGAGGACCCUACGGCGCCUGCUUCAGGAGAGAGAGUUGGUCGAACCGCUGACUCCCAGUGGGGAAGCACCCAACCAGGCUCUCCUUCGCAUCCUAAAGGAAACAGAACUGAAGAAAAUAAAAGUCCUUGGGUCUGGAGCAUUUGGCACCGUCUUUAAGGGUUUGUGGAUCCCAGAGGGUGAGGAUGUGAAAGUUCCUGUUGCUAUCAAAGUUCUGAGAGAGGUUGCAUCUCCCAAAGCCAACAAAGAGAUCCUAGAUGAGGCCUAUGUGAUGGCCGGUGUGGAUCAUCCUCACGUGUGUCGUCUGUUGGGAAUAUGCCUCACGUCCAGCGUCCAACUCAUAACCCAGAUCGUGCCCUUCGGCUCCCUGCUGGAUUACGUACAGGAGAAUAAAGACAAUAUCGGCUCACAGACUCUGUUAAACUGGUGUGUGCAGAUCGCCAAGUACUCUUCAGGGGUCACUGUGUGGGAGUUGAUGACAUUUGGAUCCAAACCAUAUGAUGGAAUCCCAGCCAGAGAGAUUGCAGAUAUUCUGGAGAAGGGAGAGCGUUUGCCACAGCCGUCCAUCUGCACUAUUGAUGUGUAUAUGAUCAUGGUCAAAUGUUGGAUGAUUGACGCUGACAGCAGACCUCACUUCCGUGAACUUGUAGCAGAGUUUUCAAAAAUGGCCCGAGAUCCAUCCCGCUACCUUGUCAUUCAGGGAGAUGAUCACAUGUUCCAGCCCAGCCUGACGGAUUCGAAGUUCUGCAUGACGUGGAUCAGUACAGAAGAUAUGGAUGGUGUGGUAGAUGCAGAGGAAUACCUGCUACCCAACAAACGAUUCUUCAACCAAUCACAACCACCACCGAUGCCUCAGUAUCACAAUACAGCAGACAACUACACGAAUGGUGUGAUGUUGCGCUACAUUACAGACCCCACGCUUACAGACCUCAUGCUGCCAGAGUACAUUAACCAGGAUGUAACCACAAGAAGCAAUAUGAUAAACCCAAACUACGAGGGUCCGGCCCGUGGACAGACAGAAAACGGAUAUAUAGUCACGUACGGAUGUAAACCUGACGGGCCGGAGUACCUAAACACCUCCUGCGCUACUCUACCACGCUCCCCAUGCGCCAACCACGAUAACCCAGACUACCAGCAGAACUUCUUGCCCUCGUCCACCACUGAUGUUCCUUUCCUCCCCGCGGCGGAGAACUUACACUACCUGGGGCUCAGCACAGCCAUGCAGUCUCACAUACGUUAGAUCAACGGUAGGAAAGUAUGAAUUGCACUGCUUGGACUUCUGGGAAUCGCACAAGACAUGUGUUAAUAUUGUAGCUAUGCUAAGAACAGUGAGGACGUCAGGUCCGGAUAUGCUUGAAGGCAACUGCCGUAAUUAUCUUGUUCUUAAAGGGGGUGUGGUUGUGAGACACAAAGCUGUGAGUAAUGUGUUGAAUGUCAAGCUAGAGCACAUUUCAGUAGUUCUGUAUAAUAUGGGUAAUAGUUAAUGCUUUUGAUGAAUGUUGUCAUCGGAUGUAGCUUAAUUUAUUGAACCAAAACAUAAUUGAGCUAUUAAUACUUCAUAUAGUUAAGCUGUCAUCAUUUUAACACUGAUUUAGUAAUUAACCUUGGAUAGUAUUUGUAAACCUCUGAAAAUGGUCACUUAGAAAAGUCAACAUUGAACGGCAUUCACAACCCAUGUUACUUCUGCGAUAUACAGCGUUCAAAACGUUUACGGUUAGGAUGUAUUAAUUAUUAUCAUAAAUUAAUAUUUAUGUUAAUUGCAACUUUUUCUC